GCGCAGCCGACCAGGAGUCCUGCCAACUGUCCAGGAGCCUGAGGUCGCCUGUGCCAUCCCUGCCACUUCCACGCUCGCCAUGGGCCUGGGUCCCCGGCUGCUGCUACCGCUUCUGCUUUGCCUGGGGCUCAGCGCACUCGUGUCUUCGGGCUCCUCGGGCAACCGCAAGCGAGGCCCUUUGGUGACAGCCAAGGUCUUCUUUGAUAUAAGGAUUGGAGACAGAGAUGUGGGCAGAAUUGUGAUUGGCCUCUUCGAAAAAGUUGUACCCAAGACAGUGGAAAAUUUCGUCACUCUGGCAACAGGAGAGAAAGGAUAUGGAUAUAAAGGAAGCAUCUUUCAUCGUGUCAUCAAGGAUUUCAUGAUUCAAGGAGGAGACUUCACUGCAGGAGAUGGCACUGGUGGUUUUAGUAUUUACGGUGAGACAUUUCCUGAUGAGAACUUCAAGCUGAAGCACUAUGGUAUUGGGUGGGUCAGCAUGGCCAAUGCUGGGCCUAACACCAAUGGUUCCCAGUUCUUUAUCACCUUGACCAAGCCCACCUGGUUGGAUGGCAAACAUGUGGUAUUUGGAAAAGUCCUCGAUGGGAUGAGCGUGGUGCACUCCAUAGAGCUCCAGGCAACUGAUGAGCAUGACCGUCCUCUCACCAACUGCACCAUCAUCAACAGUGGCAAGAUAGAAGUGAAAACGCCCUUCGUGGUUGAGGUCACAGACUGGUGACACAACCGGCAGAAAACAAGGAAUGCACCUGGCAGGGUGUGUGUGUGUAUGUGUGAACAGUAUGUGUGUGCACGUAUCGUCUGCCCAUCUGCCUUUAAUUCUUCAGUUACUGUUUUGCUUUGUUUUUUACUUUCUUUUAAUUUCCACUCCAGGAAAGAUUUAAAAACCAACCACUCUUAAGUUUAGUUUGUAUGAAUCUAUGGCAAAUCACCUGUUUAGGAACUUUGAACUGAAAAGACACAUCCUCUUCCUUCCAUGGUGUUGUUUUUAAAUUAGAAAACUUUGUAUUGGCUAUUUAUUUUUAAGAACACACUCAUUUGUUUGUUUGUUUUUGUUAAAUUCAUUGUUAUCUGUAUGUUAGGUGAAACUGAAGGUUUAUUUGAAAAAGACGAAGACAUGAAGUUUAUUUUUCUGUAUUCAAAUAAUUCUUUUCUGAUAAAAAGAAACUUGAUUAGUAUAAUCUGAUAUAUGUCUUGGGGAUUUUUGCCUGAGAAAAGGUGCUUUUGUGUUCUCUAUAUUAAAUACUUUUUAUAUGCAUUAA